AUGCUCAAAAACAUUUCAAAGAAUCUUUCUGCAAAGUUCACCCGACCCCAGGAAUCGAUCAAAUCUCCUGCUGCAGAUUCUGUGCCCCUCGCAACGUGGCCUAAUGAUGUUACCAUUUUUGGUGAGCCUCUCUUCAAUCGGCCUCUCACUUCUGCCGAUUUCGAUGCUUUGCAAGAAUCUGCCGGUUUGGGACCCAUUAGCUGGUGGCUUGAUUCUGAAUUAGCCCGUGCGGAUUCAAUUGAUGCACUUACCUAUGAAGAUGAAAUUGCAAUCACGGCAAUGCUUCGCGCACCUUUUGAACAAGCUGGUCCAGUUCGGUCAGCUGCGGGGGGUCUACUGGAUCGAUUAAAUGAACUCGAGAGAAUUCAAGCCCUUGCAAUGGAGGAAGAAAAGCGAAGAGCUCAAGGCAAGGAGAAGAAGGUCCGGCAUCACUCCACACUUAGAUUAGCUCCGGAAGGUGAUCCAGAAGAUGAGGAAGUGGAAAAUGGCUUAGAUAGGAUGGGAAAAAUGGGACCACCAAGUGGAAUUAAUUUGCACCGUCGAGACACCUAUGCUGUGAAUAGACGAGAACCCUUAACGGUUAAACAAUCGCAGGAAGCAAUUAAUCCAAGAUUUUGCAAAAGUCCUGAACGUAGGGAUUACAGGCCAUCUGAGGGUUGUGAACUUCAAAAAACUUACUCGAAAGGUUCAUUAAAUCACCUCCAGUUUCCUGGUGAAUUGCAAAGAUCCCUCAACGGCCUUGCAACAUCUGACCUGAGUGGAAACUCUACUCAGCUUCUUGGGCGAACCUUCGAUGCUGAUCAACUGAGUGAUGUCUUCCCUAGCCCCCGAGUGUCAACGGAGAAGUUUGACCCUUCUGGACAAGCACCGCCACCUAAACCCUCCGCAGAUCUUCCCCAGGGAGCAAAUCGUCACAUGACCUUCGUGCGUCAGCCUACUCAGUCGAGGCACCUUCAACGUGAUGACACUUUAGUUCCGCGAAUAUCCGCCUCCCCUAUGCGUAAUGGAAGAUUCUCAGGAGAGACUCCCAAUGAAACAUCGCUUCGAGAUUCCCUCCCCACCCGAUUGGAUAACUCUCGAACCCCUGCGCACAAACUCUCUGCGCCUGAAAUGCUUUGUAGUUUCAAAACAAACGGUUCUGGUUCUAAUCUCAUCCCGACCAACAUGUCUGACGCUAUGGCUUUAAUGAAGGAACAGGAAAUGAGGUUGAGAGCAUCUAGUGGUCGAGCCGGGGAGGUAAAUAUCUCUCUUGCAAGUUCAAUGGAAGGGAAUGGCAGUGCACAUGGGAGCACAAAUCGUUUGAAUAAAUCCCUUCCGGUGGAUGGUGGUGUUAAUGGCAGUGGACUUUCUCAUAUAUUUGCCCAGAGAGAGGUUAAAGAUGUCCCUCAAAGGUAUGAUCCAGAUGGAAAACGAAAUACAACUGGUGAACUCUCGAGGCACAAGUCCUCAUCUCAAUCGAGCCUAAAGGACAUGGCAUCGUUGAAUGAAAUGAUUCGAGCUCAACAGGAGUCCCUGAGAGCAUCUGGAGAGCAGAUAAUGCAGAAGGUGCGUUCAAGAAGCUCGCUUAGUCAAUCUGUUGGUUCGUCAAUAAGUAGUCGGGAUGGGUCUCCACAUGUUCCUCCCGUGUCCCAAAAAGAACCAGCCGUACAUCAAUCCCUUGAACGACCUGGAGGGCUACAUGUCUCAGGUGCUACUUACGAUUUGAAUCCAGAGGGAAUUUCUUUGAACAGUAGUAUCCCGUCGGAAGAUUUAUCUCUCCCAAAAAGGACUUCUUCUCCAGUUACAAUGCGUCGACCACCAAGAGGUAGUGGAGCUAAUGUCCCCCCACCCCUUGCUUUACCUAUCGACAUUGAUGGAACCACGCCAUCCACUCCUCGUACGCCGAAAACAGCUCGACCUGGAAGCUAUGUGGAACAGUUACAGAGUGCGAAGAACGCCACCAGUGCUGUGGAGGCAUGGGUUGCCGAUACUAUGACCACUAUGAAUAACAAUGAGAUAGGGAUUGUUAACCUCUCCGCUUCCGGAGAGUCUUUCAGUGGAAUGCGAGGUAGUACGGAAACAUAUGCUUUGCAAGAAGAAGAGACAAAUAAAAAUAUUCGUCCUACAGACCUUAGAGCUCCUCCUCCAAAACUAGUUCAGCCCCCGCAGAGCCUGUUGACAGAAAGUAUAAUGACUACUUCUCAAAGGACAGUGACUGCAAAAACUCCUACUUCACCUUCUGGGAAAACAGGAAAUCGACGUGCAAUCGCUCCUUCAGCAAUUCGUGGGGGAAGACCUGGAACAGUACCGACGUCUAGUGCUCCCGGAAGGCCUACAGGAGUAUCUUCCAUCCGUCUUCCGGGUAUCCCACGAAUUAGACCUCCAGCUGCAACUUCUAGUACUGCAGCUGUGUCUAAAUUUCAAGGUCCUAGAGUUGCUCCUACUACAUCGAAUUUAAGGCCUCCCGUAUCAAGAUUAAGGCCACCUACUUCAAUUCCACAAAGUAGACUCCCAUUACCACGAGGACCUUCAAGGACUUCUACAUCGAGAUCAACCUCAAGAACCAAUUCAAGAGCCCCAGAGUAG